CGAUCCCCGACUGUAGGUGGCUUCACCUGCACCUUUCAAGCAGGAGGUCACAAAACUCCGACAUCCGAGUCGCCAGGAACGCAGCAUUAGGACCAGCAUGCAUCACGCGAAGUGGUGAUAAGGACACGAAGAACAAAGACUGGAUCUAGAUGUCCACCUGAGACAAGACAUGGACCGGACCCGGGUCAAAGAGGAGGACCAGGACCCGGGCUUCAUGUACCGGACCCGGGUCAAAGAGGAGGACCAGGACCAGGGCUUCAUGGACCGGACCCGGGUCAAAGAGGAGGACCAGGACCCGGGCUUCAUGGACCGGACCCGGGUCAAAGAGGAGGACCAGGACCAGGGCUUCAUGGACCGGACCCGGGUCAAAGAGGAGGACCAGGACCAGGACCCGGGCUUCAUGGACCGGACCCGGGUCAAAGAGGAGGACCAGGACCAGGACCCGGGCUUCAUGGACCGGACCCGGGUAAAGCAGGAGAACCAGCACCCGGGCUUCAUGGACCGGACCCGGGUCAAAGAGGAGGACCAAGACCCGGGCUUCAUGGACCAGAUCCGGGUCAAAGAGGAGGACCCGGACCCGGGCUUCAUGGACCAGACCCGGGUCAUAGAGGAGGACCAGGACCCGGUCUCCAUGGCCCAGACCUGGGUCAAAGAGGGGGACCAGGACCCGGUCUCCAUGGCCCAGACCUGGGUCAAAGAGGAGAACCAGGACCCGGUCUCCAUGGCCCAGACCUGGGUCAAAGAGGAGGACCCGGACCCGGUCUCCAUGGCCCAGACCUGGGUCAAAGAGGAGGACCCGGACCCGGUCUCCAUAGCCCGGACCCGGGUGAGAGAGGAGGACGAGGACCCGGAUCAGGCCGCUGGUCUUCAGAAACGGAGGCGCACAAGCAACCAUCGCAGCACCAAGAAGAAGAAGCCGUUCAUCUGUGAUGCGUGUGGUAACACGUUCACCACCGCAGCUAACCUGAGGGUCCAUCAGCACGUGCACGGCCGACAGAAGCGGUUCCGCUGCGACCACUGUGGGAAAACGUUUUCCACCUCGAGCGGUUUGCAGAUUCACGAGCGUCUCCACACGGGAGACAAACCGCACGCCUGCGACCAGUGCGGCAAAGGUUUCUCCCGCGCUUAUCGAUUGAAACGACAUCAGCACAUUCACACUGGAGAGAAACCACACAACUGUGACCAGUGUGGGAAGUCGUUCGUUGAGCUCAGUUACCUGAAGGAGCAUCAGCUCAGCCACAGCGGAGCCAGAGCGUUCGGCUGUGACCAGUGCGGCGCGGCGUUCAGCACCUCGCGCUACCUGAAGCUCCACCAACGCUACCACGCCGGGGAGAAACCGUUCAUCUGCGACGUGUGUGGGAACGCCUACCCGCACAUGAGCAGCUUAACGGACCAUCGCCGCAUCCACACCGGAGAGAAGCCGUACGCCUGUAACCAGUGCGGCGCUCUGUUUGCACGGCUGGCGACGCUGAAGAGUCACCGGCGUGUUCACGCUGCGGAGGAUCACCACGACUGACGAGUGUGGGAACGUUUACAGUAACACAAGAAAUCUGAAACACGGGUUCACACCAGAUCGGGGCGCCGACGCAUCAGCUUCAACAUCAGAAACUGGAACAGAUUGAAUCGACAAUUACAAUGUUCACGUUUCAGUGAAGAACCCGAAGAUUCUUUAAUUACUUUUAUUUUGGAGCUUGUGAACUCUUGUUUUAAAGAUGUACAUUUCAGAUUUUGUGUCAAUGUUAGCAGAUAUUUUUAAUAAAAUCUUUAUUCAGAAAAAUUUCAAAUAAUUCACUGUUUUUAUUUUUUAUCAUUGAGUAAACAUUAAACAUAUAUAAAUAUAAUUACGUUUUACAUUUGUAAGUGUAGACGGCAACGUCCUUCAGUGAGUCUGCUGCCCCCUGCUGGCAGCUGCUUGUCACUGCGUCCUCUGAUGUCAGCUCAGACCGUUCCUAAUAAAGUGAUCAAUAAAUCAA